AUUGGGCGGUAUCUCAAUAGUAAGACAAACUGUUGAAUGAUGGCUGUAAGGUGGUGUUUGGUUCAAGUCCUGGCAUUGUGUGCGUUCUGCCAUGCUGGUCCACAGUGGCGUAGUUCACCCCAGAAAUCUCAAGUUCAGAUGCUUCAGCAAGCUGACAAGCGACUUCAGAGUAAUCAGCAGUAUUCCCACAGGUUUCCACUUCAGAAGCCAGUGGCACAAGCAGAGCCUCUUGAUAAAUGUGCUGUAAUUGAUUCUGAGCAGAUCCAAUGUGGACAACCUGGCAUCAGUGCUACUGAGUGUGAAGCUAUCAAAUGCUGCUCUAAUGGACAGCAGUGUUACUAUGGGAAGGCAGUGACUGUCCAGUGUAUAAGAGAUGGUCAGUUUGUGGUAGUGGUAGCUAAAGAUACUACACUGCCACGACUGAGUCUGGAUUCAGUCCAUCUACUGGGAAGUGACCCACCAUGUGCUCCUGUGGGAUCCACAGCUUCCUUUGCUAUAUACCAGUUUCCUGUGUCUGCCUGUGGCACGAGAAUGAUGGAGGACAAUGGUUAUGUCGUGUAUGAGAACCAGAUGACCUCCUCGUAUGAAGUGGGGGUUGGACCACUUGGAUCCAUCACAAGGGACAGCCAUUUUGAGCUUCUCUUUCAGUGUAGGUACUACGGUAGUUCUGUGGAAGCUCUAGUUGUGGAAGUCAACACCGUUCCUCCACCUCCACCAGUAGCUGCCCCUGGACCCCUCAGGAUGGAGCUUAGACUGGCCAAUGGCCAAUGUGUCACUAAAGGGUGUGCAGAAGGGGAAGAGGCCUACACAUCCUACUACAGUGACGCUGACUAUCCUGUCACAAAAGUCCUGCGAGAGCCAGUGUAUGUUGAGGUGCGCAUUUUGGAGAGGACUGACCCCAACAUUGCCCUGAUGUUGGGACACUGUUGGGCAACUUCAACCCCGAGUCCACUCAGUCUGCCCCAGUGGGACCUUCUGGUUGAUGGAUGCCCCUACCGGGAUGAUCGUUACUUGACCACGUUGGUGCCGGUGACCGGAUCAUCUGGUCUUCAGUUCCCAACACACUACAAGCGCUUUAUUGUGAAGAUGUUCACAUUUGUAGAUCAAACCUCAAUGGCUCCUCUCCAGGAAACUAUCUUUAUACACUGUAGUGCAGCGGUAUGUCAGCUUUCUUCUGGCUCCUGUCAGCAAAGCUGCAACCGGAAACGCAGAGACACCCAUGACAAGACCAUCUCUAGUGAGCAGACCGUGGUAUCUAGCAGAGAAGUUACUCUGGUCCUGUAAAUCUAGUGGUUUCAAUAAACCGGGAAACCCUAAGAUCA